AUGAAACUGCCUUUAUUUGGUUGGUCAUUUCACAUAUUGGAGUUCAUCUCCGUGGAGAGGAAGUGGGAGGUCGAUGAAUUAAACAUGCGCCGAAUGCUUUCAAGUCUGAAGGAUCCCCAAGAUUCCCUCUGGCUUGCACUUUUCCCAGAAGGAACAGAUUUCACUGAGCAGAAGUGCAUACGUAGUCAGAAAUAUGCUGCUGAAAAUGGCUUACCAGUUCUAAAUCAUGUCUUGCUUCCAAAAACAAAGGGUUUCAGUGCCUGUUUAGAAGAAUUGAGGGGAUCUUUGGAUGCAGUUUAUGAUGUGACUAUUGGCUACAAGCCUAGCUGCCCAACUUUCUUUGACAAUGCCUCUGGUGUGAACCCUUCUGAAGUUCAUAUGCAUGUCCAGCGUAUCCCCCUAGACAAUAUUCCAACAUCUGAAGACGAGGCCAUUUUCCCCCACGAAGGAUCAGAAGGUGACCUUUCUACUCUGAGGUGCCUUGUAAAUCUUGUAGCAGUAAUUGUCUUGACCGGAACAUGCGCUUACUUAACCAUUUUCUCGUCCAUCUGGUUUAAAAUAUAUGUAUCUUCGGAUACAAUGUCUCAACAUGAAAUUGAUGAUAUAGAGCGCGCCAUGCGGCUCUCUCUCUGGGAUCUAUGUGGAAAAGGGAAAAAGAAAAACGAGAAUGAACCUUCUUACGAUGAGGACAGAGACCUUGCUGAAGCUAUUAAGGCAAGCCUUAGAUCUCCAGGAGCCAGCAGCUCUAGUCGUCAGAAGCAAAGGGUUUGUGACGUUUGUGAUGCGAUAAGAUUGUUCUAUGUCUUUCAUCUAAAAGAUAGUUUCAACAGAUCAAGAGCACUCAUCCACCUGAUCAAAUUCCGGUAUGCUCUGAAAUAUGGAACCAAAAAGUUUGUCCUGCUCAUCUACGAGACGGAACUCCGAACUGCUGUAGCUGCAGGAGGCUCAAGGCUUCUCAAGUACCGCUCGAGCCCUCUGAGAAGACCCUCUCAAACAGUAAUCGAGGCCCUUCGAAUGGUCGAAAUUCUAAAAGUCACAAGCUUUUCAAGGAGAGGGAAUAGCAUUAUAACAGCCAAACAGCAGCAUCUUACCUAUGGCAGCCCUUUAAGAAUAGCAAUUGCGUUCGGUUUGCCUAAGGUUAUGACCGGUGCAAUCUUGGCUCAUGAGAUGAUGCAUGCAUGGUUUCGACUAAGAGGUAUUAGAACAGGCCAACUGGAGCUAAAAGUGGAAGAAGGAAUGUGCCAAGUGAUAGGUCGAAAAUGGUUGGAGUGGUUGGAGUGUUUGGAGGCCCAAGAUAGCAAGACCUCAUCAACGACCACAGAGCAUGCUCAGUUUCAGAGAAACCUAAUUGAAACGUACAAGUAUGUGGUGGAUAUGCAUUCCUCUUACGAGUAUGGCCAUGGAUUUCGAGAGGCUAAAUGGGCAGUUGAAAAAUAUAAACUUCACAGAACAAUCGAUCAUAUUUUAACCUAUAGAAAACUUCCAGGAUAA